CAUCUUUAAUCUUUGAUGUGUUACUGUUGUGUUGUUUUCUAAAAUUGUAACAAAAAUAGUAGGAGAACACAAAUUUCAAGUAUUUUUUGCUUGGAAAUAACGUUUUCAAAUUCAUCUUCAGGUUAUUUCAUAAAUAUUAACUUGAUGAAGUGUGAAAAUGGAUAGAUUGAAUCAGUUGCGGGGAGAGGCGGGGGGCUCUCGGGACUCCACGCUGGACACCUCUGCCGCGACGAGCGAGGCAUACAUGACCGCCAAUGAGAGCUCCAAGUACUUUUCAUUGUCUGAAGACUCGUCAUUUGACAUCACUCCCAUUAAAGAUAUAUCUUUGGCGUCCACCGCGGAUCCUAGAAAGGCUAUAACCGGAACGGACCAAUUGAUUUCCACCUUAACUCCCAAUACUAAGAAAAAUGACUUAUUAGAUAGUUACAAAUUUGAUAAACAGAUUGAGGCGGCGAACAUCCUAUCAGGUGGAGUGGACAUAUUUGAUGAUAAUGACAACUCUUAUGAUGGGAAUGAGCUUGUAAUUGAUGACAAUGUUGUGGAUAUUGAUGAUAAGUCUAAUUCUGAGUUGAAAUCAUCAGAGGGUGAAAGCGUGUCAUUUCGAAAAGCUGAAGGAACAUCAGAGCCUACAAUAGGUGAAGAAAUAUUACAGCCAUCAAUUGGUGCAGAAAUAUCACAGCCUGCUAUGGGUGACGAAAUAUCAGAACAAACUACAGGUGACAAAAUAUCACAACCAACUAUAGGUGAAGACGUAUCGGGACCAGGACUGGGUGAAGAAAUAUCUGAGCCAGUAAUGGGUGAAGAAUUAUCAGAACCACCUAUGGGAGAAGAAAUAUUGCAACCAGCAAUAUGUGAAGAAAUAUCGAACCCUGUAAUGAGUGAAGAAGUAUCAGAACCAGCUAUGGGUGAAGAAAUGUUACAGCCAGAUAUAGGUGAAGAAAUAUCAGAACCAAUAAUAGAGGAAGAAGUAUUAGAGCCUCCAAUGGGUGAUGAAAUACCGGAACCGACAAUAGGGGAAGUAUCAGAACCAGCAAUGGAAGAAAUAGCAGAGCCAGCAAUGGGUGAAGAAAUAUCAGAACCAGCAAUGGGUGAAGCUGAGCCAACUAUAGUGAGUAAGGAUACAGAAGAGGUGGUGCUACAAAUAGAUGGUAAAAAUGUAAAUGCAAUAGAUAUUGGCAAUGGCCUAUAUUUGUAUAGGAAGCAAGGAGAGGAAGAAUUGGCAGCUGUGCAGAUUAUUAUUGAUGAUGAUCAGCAACAGCCCAGCUUUAAGUUUCUCAAAGUACGCGAGAAUGCUGAAGGAAAUUUAGAAGUUUAUGAAGAAAUUGAAGUAGAAGUGCCUGUAAAAGAGGAAAAGCCUGAGAAAAACGACUACCAUGUUCCUAUUAAGGACAUAAAUGAAGUUAGUAAUGAUUCAUCUUCUAACCAAGUUGCUGAAAAGAAAGUUACACCUCGAAAGGAUAUAGCCUCUGAGUCAUCCAAAAGAGAAAGUAUUGCUGAAUGUAGUAAAGAUGUACCACCUGAAAAGCCUGAUGUUAACAUUAACGGAAAAAUGGUCAAACUUAAUGAGACAAGGAAAUCUCCUGUUAUACAUUCAACUCCCAAUAAGGAAGGCAUACCACUCACAAAAACGAUGGUUGACCAACAACUGCAUCCAAGUAGACAUUCAGAUAAUGUAAAAACUAUUGAGGUGCACACAGACAGUGUCAAACAAAGAAUAGUUGAUGUUCAACCGAAAAACAAAGAUGAUGAAAAUAAGGAUAGUAUUAAAGAAUCAGGGGAAUGCAUUAAAAAAUUAGAUGGCACUAAACAGACUGAAAUGCAUCCAAAUCAAGAAGUGAAGAAGGAAGAAAAAAAGAAAGACGAAUUAGAACUGGUAAGAAUUGAAAAGGAAUCAAACAAAUGUGAAGAAACUGGUAAUGGACAAGGUAGUAGUGUGUCCGCAGAAGUGUAUUUUGCUGAAUCUCCACAAAAAGAGGACCAAUAUGAUAGCAAUGUGUUCAGUAAACUGAAAGCUACUACUAGAUCUCUACAAAAACAAGAUUCCGUGGUUGGCAGCCCACAAUCUAAAACAGGAAUAAUAAAACAACCAGAAUUUGAAAUAAAUGAAGGAAAGGAAAAACAUCAAUUAUUUUCAGACAUUACAUUGACAGUACCUAAAGAUUCAAAAGAAAUUACAGAACCAAGAACUAGCCAAGAAUCAGGUAUAAAACAUUUAAGAAUUGAAGAAAAUGUUGAUAAUAAAUCAAUGCUUUUGGAUGUAAAUGCAAAGGAAAGUAUUAACAAAACGAAGGACAAAAUGCAACAACCAUUAAAGGAAAUAACUCAAUUUGAAGUGAAAACAUUAAUUCAAGAUACUAAGAAAAUAGGAAAUGUAAAUAAAUCUGAAGUUGUAUCUAGCACAUUGAAUGCAAAGACUUCAAAAGAAACAUCGCAAUCCCAAGAACUUGAUAGUAAAAACAUUUUAGGAAACCUGUCAUCACAGUCUUGGCAAACUGACAAUAAAGAUUCAAUAGAAUCAUCUACAAGGAAAAUAAAUAAAUAUCCUGCUGCAGCACAACUUGUACAAGAAUCUGUUAAUAUGCAAACAGCACAAAAGCUUAACGACAAUCGAGUCUGUAAUGUUAAAAAUAUAGUCAAUAAGGAAAGUACUUCCAAAAAUAAAGAAACAAAAAUUAUUGACGUACAUCUGGAUUAUCUUGCAAAAGAGACUGAAAAACAAGCAGAAAAAAUUGAAAGUUGUGGAGAACUACAAAAUAUUUUUCUCGACACAAGUAUGUCUGCAAAUGAGGACCUGAAUACUAAGUUAGUAACAUGUUCUGAGCAAACUAAGAAUUUAGAAUAUAGAACAUCUAUUCCUGUAGUGGUAAAGAAAAUAGAAGAACCCAUACUGUCUAAUAUAGGACAGAAAAAGGCAGUCAAACCUCAAGUUACCGUUGUUGAAACCAAAACUGUACAAGGUAAACCUGCUAUAACCCAAAAUCAACUGAACAAACUAAAUGAAACAAAAGAUCUUGAUUUUGCCAAGAGACCUACUUUGGGAGCGACAAUGAAUACGAAAACAGAGAUGCUUAAGAGAACUACCAGUAGCCAAAACAGAAGUGUAAUGAGUAAUAGUGACAGCCUAACACAGAAGAUUGAAGUGAAACAUGAUAAUCUUACAGUUUGUAAUCAGACAUUUUCCCAAAACAAACCUGAUGUGAAGAACAAAGCCCAAAUACCCAUCAACAACAAUCAUACAGCUGUUCCCUUUGGAAAGUGGACUCCAGCAAAUAGGCAAGAAUUUCUGAACAAAAUAAAAGAAACAAAAAUGCCUACCACCAGUUGCAGCAAUACCAAGCAGAUAAAAAAGACAAAUGAUUUAAAUAGGCGGGAUGUCUUACAAAAAAUUGAUAGUCAAAGACAGUCUAAUACCGCUGCAGCUAAAGCUCAAGAACUGCCUAAGUCGUCUCUCCACUCAAUCUCUCAAUCUAGUGUCAAAGCUGAAAUGAAGAGUUUUGUUAGUAAACAGAUGACACCAUGUGACAGUAAAAUGCCUGUUAAAGCAGAAGCACCUGUAUUACAAAUCAAGUUGGUUACUAAUGAAAAGCCUGCCAAACAAGAACCUCUAAAUCCUCAAACCAAAUUGUCAAUCCCGACUAUAGCUAAUACUGAAUUGCCAAAGAAAGAACUAUUACAGAGAAAAGAAAUAAACAAUCAAGACUUAAUAGACAGGACUAUCGAAGGUAUAAUUAAUAGAGCUGUCUCUGCUAAACCUUCUCAUGAAGCAAAACUUAAUUUACCUCGACAACCAUUUAAAACUCAAACAGAAACUCCUAUGUCACAUACUUUAAAAAUAUCAACUCAAAACAAUUCAGUAACUUGUCUGGAUGCUAUAGAAAAGAAGAUGAAUGAAUUACAUGGCAUUCCUUUCGUAGAAAGACCUGCACACGAGCUUCCCAAACAUUAUAAUCACGAUAAAGUUAAAACUUACGCUAGAUCCGACAGUCAGAAGACAAUUACGUCAAAAGCUAACAAAAUUCCUAAUCUAUUACCUUUUACAGGUAAGACUCAGCACAAAAUAAUGAAAGAUAACAUUAUAGAGGUUGACUCUGAGGAAGAGAUAAUUGAACACGAGCCUGUCACUGGAGAUAUUGAUAAAAAUAGCAAAAAUGUUUCUAAGCUUCCUUCUAAGAUAAACGAAACUUCAAGCACUAAAUCUGCUACUGAAGACACUAAAAAGGAAUCCAUCAUAACUGAAAAAGAUUUCGAUAAAUUUGCUAGAAGGAACUCGAAGACAUACGAAAACUGCCUAACAGUUAAUUUUGAACAUAAAGACCAGCCCAAUGUAGUUCAAACUGUGGUAGAAAAGGAUGUACAUCAUAAGAAAUACUCAAGAAAUGAGUUGUUGCUUGCUGAGGCAAAAGUUAAAUCAUAUCAGAAGCAGAAGUCUUCCCAACCAUAUACUCAUCCCAGUAAAAUUCAAAUAACAUCGAAAUUAGUCCCAGUUGCAGAUGACACAUUCAAUAAAAACUUUCCUUCGAAGUUACAGCUAGCUUAUCAAACUGCCUUAACUACAAAACGACAGAUGGAAUCUCCUAUAACUAUCAUUGAGGAUAAACCGGUAAAAGUCGUCUUCAUGGAUACAGCUGCCGAAUUUACUCCUGCUCGACUUAAUGUUCAAGGCCAAGAACUAUCACCAUCAAAAAAACCAAGCAAAGAAGCUGAUAAUGUCACAAUCAGUACUUGUGAUUCAUUAGACUCAGAUGUGUUAGAUUCUGUUGAUGCAUUAGAUGGAAAAGUGCCUGAUGAAACCAAAAGCAAAAUUAGGCACCAAAGGAAACAAGUCUUAACACCUGUUGAAACUCCUGAAUUAGAAUUGAUUGAGCCUGGUGAUUUAGGCAUUACUGUUUCGCCGAAAAAGAGGCGAAAAAUUGAGGAUAUGAGAAUAGAAAAAAGCCCUAAGACAGUUGUGCCUAAAAAGUCUUAUUUACUCGGCCGUAAUGCUCUGCUUGAAGAUGCAUUACAUAAAGAUUCGACUAAUAAUACCCUGAAUGAAACUGUUGUGCAAGCCAGCGCUGUUGUGAUUCAUAAAAACACUACCUCGGCCAUUGACAACUUAGUUUUAGCGGCAGAACUAAUAGAAACUCAAUCAGAAAAAUUAAGCUCUACAACGAUUAAAGAGUCCAUUCAAAUGACCACCACUGACAGCCCUCAACAUAAUACUCCUGUCAAGAGAGGACGUGGCCGUCCAAGGAAGUAUCCGCUGCCUGAAGGUGUCCCAGUAGUAGACAAAGUCAAAGUUCCAAGCCCUCAAAAAAAACCACGCUUAAUUGAUGCUGUGCGUUGUAAACGUCGUUCAACUACAGAAGAAGAGGAUGACACUACUGAUGAUGAAAUUGUAAAAGAAAAUUGGACAAUGGGAAAAAUAAACGAAAAUAUUGUAUGCCCUAUAUGCAAUAAAUUAUUCCGUUCUGAAAACGUUGUCUUUAAACAUGUUAAACAUUGUUCAGGACCGUCACCUAACAGGUCCAGUUCAGAUAAGAGGAGUCCCAGAAGGUCAAGAUUGUCGAUUGAUUCCGAGUCUAAAUCUAGGGAAAGCAAAUUUGAUGAUACAGAUUUUGAGGAAGAGAUCCCAUUAAAGAAAAAUAAGCGCAGAUCCAAAGAUUCUAGUUCUGGCGCCAGUACAGACCUAGAUGACGUCAUAGUAAUAGAAGAUACGCCGCUAAAAGAAAAACCUGUGAAACGCGAUCUAUCAAAGAAACAUGAGGCCAGAAAAGCGGCUAAAAUAUUACAUAAUGCUUCUAAUCUGACUUGUGAAUUUUGCGGUAAAGCUUUUAGGCAGCUAUCGCAUUUGGUGAGCCAUAAGCAACAACACAAGAAAGAAGAAGUAAAAAAACCCGACGAGGAUACCAAAAGUCGUGAUAAGAAAGUUUUCAGCUGUGAAGUUUGUAAGAAAGAGUUUAGAAAAUUACAUCACUUAGUUCAACAUCGAUUAAUUCAUAAUCUGAACAAUAUACCCCACCGGACAUCCAGGAAAAGCUCCUUCGAACAAAUUGAUAAUAAAAAAUUAAGAGAGCAAGAAUCCAAACAGACGGAUGAUCAGACUGCCGCGUUUCGAUGCGAGCCAUGUGAUAAGUCAUUCAGAAAAUUACAUCACCUUGUUGAACACCGGGAAACACAUGAUGGUAUCAAUAGACAAAAGAGCUCUGUGAGUCAACCUACUGCAGAUAAAGCCGUGCCUGUUCCACCACCACCACCUCAAUGUGAUAUAUGUAAGAAAACAUUCCGAAAAUUGCAUCACUUAAUUGAACAUAAAGAACAACACAUUGAAACAAAUUCUGAAAAAUCAGACGACAAAAGUGUUAAAAGUAGUUUGUCCACAAAAGAUAUUAUUCAUGAAUGCUCCCUCUGUUAUAUGGUGUUUCCUAAUGAGCAUUCACUGAACAAGCACACUAUAAUAUGUCAAAGGAAAAAAAGACAAUCUGCUACUAAGCAGAACAAAUCAGUUGAAGAAAAUGAAGCAAAUGAACAAUUAGAAGAAGCUCAUAAUUCUGAAGAAAAUAAACAAAUUGAAGUAAUUGAACCUAUUAACAUGAACCCUAUUCUUGAAGAUAAAACAGAAAACAACAAACAGGAACUCGUAUCUGUUGAAAUCGCAGAGCAUCCAAAGAUAUGUGAAAACAGUCAAUCAAUAAACAACAUAAAUCCUGUUGAAAUAAAAAUGCAACCUGCUAAAAUAGACCUUGAACCACCAGAAAAAUCUAAUGUUAAGGAAGCAACACUUGAGAUACCUGCAAAGAUAAUAAAAGUAGACGAAAAAGAAAAAUUGGAAUCAGAAAAUACUCCUAAGGAAGUAACACCCGAUAAUAAAAUCAAAGAUAAAGAUAUGUCUCUGGUGACUAAACACCAAAAAUUGACGUCUCCAGCAUUAACUGCAGCAAACGUAAAGUCAUCUGUGGUUGAAUCGAGCGACGAAGAGGAAAUUCGAUACAUGUUAAAUCCUGCCUUUAAGCUGGAGGACAAGGAAGAAAAAUUUAUGAAAGUUAGAGCUAAAAAACGCAGUUCUCUCCAGAUAGAAAGGCCUAACUCUAAAGAUAGGGAAAUAAAUAAAGUCAAAAGGAGGACAUCAUUACAACAUCCUCACAAGAUAGCUCGCUUGAAGCCAAAGUCUUUGGAAACUAAAACUGCUCCUGUAAACACAGCUCCUGCUAAAAUCAUUUCUAAAACUUUUAAAUCAGAACCAGCUUCUUCUACUGAUUCGGAUGACGGUGACGUAAAAUACUCUUUUCCUAAAACAAGCUCCAAGCUAAAACCUACGGCUAAACCAAAACAGGAGAUCGAAAAGACGCCAAAGGAAAAACGAAAGUUGCUAGCACAAAAGAGGAAAUCACUUAUCGUCGUUGCCAAAAAGAAGUCCAUGGGACAAACGCCCAUGGCUAAGAACAAGGAUUCACCUGUAAAGCAAAUCAGAAAACGCACUGCGGAAGUAGAGCACCGUUGCGACUGUGGUCAAUUGUUCAGUAGCGCGGCUCUCCUGUCGCGCCACACGACGUUGGCGCACACGCCGCCGAGGAUACGCAAGCGACGUUCUCCGCCACCUGCCGUUCCGCCCCCUCCUACGAUCAUCAAGCCUGCUGUAGCCAAGCUUGCUUUGCGUAAAUCAGGCCCCGCUGAUAAGACUAAAGUCAUGAAUUCUAGAAAAUCAAGUGUCCGCAGUGACGUUAGCGGCUCUAUCAACAAAACCAAGAAACCCAUCGUGAAAGAGACGAAGACUCCUUCGCGUCGUGGUAAAGUGUCUGACACAAAAUCUAGCACGCCAUCCAAACCAAAGUCGAUAGCCGCACAUCGAGGUGUUCCGAUGCCCGAGAAAAUGAAGAAAAUUGCUAGUAAGUUAAAAUAAAUUGUUGGCGAUAACGCUGAAGCUAGAUGACAGUACUGAUGUUGCAGUUGGAUAAAUUCAGAAUUUGAUAGUUUCGGUAUAGGUGAAUCGCUAGAAAAUAAUUUAAAGAGGACAUCAAAAACGAAACAUUUGGACCACCAUUUGAAUGCAUAUUUUUAAAUUUAUGGGAAACAGUCACCAUCAUUUUGAAUUUUGUGACAUUUGAUGGGCAAAAUUUGUCUAUAUGUAAAGCGGUCGUAAUAAAAGAACCAUAGGUAUAUAUUUUGUCAAUUUGUUUUAGAUUAGUAAGUGUAAUAUAAGAGUAAUGAUAUUUAUGUUAAUAUAGAUAUGGUAGGUUUUGUUAGAUUUAACACAGUGCAAGAUAUAACUGCUGUGUACUUGUAGCUAAUCUGUUGCAAGAUAUUAUUAGUUGAGAGCAUGACUUUUUGGGAUAUAUAUAUAUAUCUAUGGAAAUAUAACUAUACUUCCCAACUCGACACACCAAAAUCUUGUAAAUUUAUUUCUGAAAUCUAGACUAGAAAGUAAUGCUCAAUAUAUUUGCGUUUCUCAGUUUAUUAAUGCUGAUGCAUAGCUGUUACCAUUUUAUCAGUAUGUUAUUCCUUUGUUUUCGAGGAACGAGCUUGUAUAGGAUUUCUGAAAUUCAUAAUUUGUUUAAAGGAAUUGUAAUAUGUUACGAGCUUCCCAAUUCAUAGAUCUUCUUAUAUUAAAUCAUUAUUCAUUAACAUUAAAUUUGUAAGAAAAAUUCUUAUAUUGAUCAGAUUAUUCUGAUAGAUUAGGUAAUAGUAGUGUGUAAGAAUUAAAAGUAAAAUGUCUAAAUUUCAAUUAAAGCAAAUUUUUAACAAAAAAUUAUAGAACCAGUUGGGCUGUUAAGUGAACCCUGCGGCGCCGUGGUAAGCUUACAAAGCAGAACACGCAGGCGACGAUACCUUUCAGUGUUAGGACCAAAUUUUUUAUCAUUUUCUGUUUAUUAAUGAUGACACCUAUAAUAUAUUUUGUUUUUAAUUUUAAAUAAUGUUUAUUGUACUUUCAUAACUAAAAUUACAUUACAUAAUAUAUUAAUUAGUUGAUGUCACCAAUAAAUUGUAGAAUGUCUUGUGAAAUUUAUGUUUUAGAAGCAUUUA